AUGUCACGAGACCGGAGACUCCGUGGCUGUCGCCGUGCCUGCCAUCGGUCAUAUCGUCAAGAAACGAGUCUUGGGCAUCCAUCAUUUGAUCCCGUGCAGGCAUUGAUCCAGAUCGUCAGGACGAGAGCCAUCAGCAAGCUGGUCGACUUUCAGGAUCAUGUUGCCGUCAAGUUACUUGUCUCAUGGCAAAGAGGUUGUGGGCUGUUUGUUGGUGCAGCGUUUGCACAGCAACCAAGCUCACCAGCGCCAGACGGGCUGCCGCACACCAACACCCCACCGACUGCACGUCUACUUGCACUUGCGACGGCCGUCUCAACUACUCAGCCAGCUCGACGUCUGUUCCUUGCUGAAGCAAUGGCGGAUUCGUCGAAAACUUCAGGUGGUGACAGGCCACAGCUCACGACCAGGAUUCCGAGACGUUCAGCCGCCACGCAAGCUAUGUUUUCUAUACGCUGGAUGGCGCAGGAGUCUAUAGGAAUGGAGUCCACGCCCACUUCACGCGACAAAGAUGACGACUACGACACUGCCGCGGAAUCAUUCGCAAGUAGUGCAGAGGGCAAUCAGGAGCGCGGCAAUCCUUGCAGAGAGAACGCGCCAACAUCGCCCAGGAGAAACUCGAGCAAAAAGAGCGCCAUACCCAUGCCCGUACCAACCGCUGCCUCAAUCCACGCGCGGUCUAUUACAAGUGGAAUACAAGCAACGGCAAUGGCAGAAAGCAAGCUACCUAUGUCGAUACGAGAAAAGGCCAUCGCUAUCGCCGCCUUGCAGAACGCAACUGAAAAGGCUCGCUUAGCGCUCGAAAACGUCAAGUUGGACAAGCGGAUGGAGCGUGGCCCCCGCUGCGAAGAACGAGCUGCCCAUAAGACCAAGGCUGCGAAGGACGAAAUAAAGGCUCCAAAACAGCCAAGAGAAGCAGUUAACGACGAAGGGGUGAUCCGAGUUGACCACGUACUUGCAAAGGUCGAAGAAAAGGCAAUACAGAUGGACUUGACCCCUUCAGCGUCGCUGAAGAAGGAUCAAGAUGCGCUGAAGGCUCCGGGGCCCCGCUUCAAAGUCGAUUGCCCUAGUUACCGGUGGUUGGCGAUGAUGAUGGGACGUUUCGCGCAUCCCUGUGCGUUACGCCUCCAAAAUGUCAAAUACGCCUUGCAAUCCAUUGGAGUGAAGAUGGAUCGUGCUUCCAACAAGUAUUACGUUCUCCGACCCAAGUCUAACGACCCGGCGAUGGCAUCGAGAAACUGGAAAGAAGUCAACGUUGCAAUUGCACUCAUGAAGGAUUUCGAAUCCAGAGACAACGCGGACGGAAAAAGGCCGGAAAUGAGUCAGUUGGGAAGACUGCUGCAAGAGGAGUGGGGCUUCAGCAUGGAGAUGCUGAAGAUUGAUUGCCGAUGUCAUAUUCUCGACACGUGA